AUGCUCUCACUCCCAUCCUCUCACUCCCAUCCACUCCCAUCCUCUCACUCCCAUCCUCUCACUCCCAUCCUCUCACUCCCGUCCUCUCACUCCCACCCUCUCACUCCGAUCCUCUCACUCCCAUCCUCUCACUCCCAUCCUCACUCCCAUGCUCUCACUCCCAUCCUCUCACUCCCAUCCUCUCACUCCAUCCUCUCACUCCCAUCCUCUCACUCCAUCCUCUCACUCCCAUCCUCUCACUCCAUCCUCUCACUCCCAUCCUCUCACUCCAUCCUCUCACUCCAUCCUCUCACUCCCAUCCUCUCACUCCAUCCUCUCACUCCCAUCCUCUCACUCCAUCCUCUCACUCCCAUCCUCUCACUCCAUCCUCUAACUCCCAUCCUCUCACUGCCAUCGCCUCCCUCGCAUCGCCUCCCUGCUAUCGUCUUCCCCCCUCCUCCCUUCCCAUGGCCUCACAGGGCCACGAUCAUGCCGGAGGGGUCGCACGUGAGGCCUGUGGCACUACUGCAGUCCGGACUCGUGCCACUCCACCCGGGGAUGCUCUGCCCCCAUGCCGACUGGCACUCCUGCAGGAAUUGCACUGCAACCAGUGCCAGUGGAUGCCAUCCAUUCCCUUGA